AUGGAUGCUUUUUCAAAGAUUCUGAAGAAAUUUGAUAAGAUUUUAUGUUUAACUGUUGUGAGACUUGAUAGUUUUUUCAAAUACAAAGUGAUCAAGAAGGACUCUACGACGGCAAAAAAAUCUAAGGUUAAGGCAUUCAUGGAUCUGAAGGAUGUUGUUGUUCCUGUUGUUAUUCAAUCAAAGGAUAAGAAGGUGACUGCACUCAGAGACUAA